AUGGUGUUGCAAGCAAAAAUGAUCGUGUACUCAUCUAAAAGCUCAAAGGGAACGCUGUUUCCUGUACGAUCAAUGCUUGUCUUCUUCAUUGCACUAUUUGGUUUCUAUGUCUGCUACUUCUCCUUCACUCAAAUAGCCUUAGAAAAUGAAGAAGGAGAAAUGAACGGAGCAGAAGAACGAACAAACAUUCUAUGCAAAAGACCUUCAGAAAUUCCAUAUGAUCAGAUGCAGUAUGUGCACUUUCCAAGACCUAUGAGUUACGACAGGGGAGAAUGCGCAUGUACCCCGGUCCGUUUCUUCGUCAUUGUAUCUAUGCAAAGAUCAGGCAGCGGGUGGUUUGAGACUCUGCUCAACAGCCACCCCAAUGUGAGCUCAAAUGGUGAAAUCUUCUCGGUGAGGGAGCGCAGAGAGGAUAUCGUGUCAACCUUGUGGACUCUUGACAAGCUGUAUGAUUUGGAUUGGCGCACCAGCGCAGCAAAAAAUGAAUGCACGGCUGCAUUUGGAUUGAAGUGGAUGCUAAAUCAGGGCCUUAUGGAUUAUCCUGAUGAGAUUGUGGAUUAUUUGAUAAAAAAGGGUGUGAUGGUGAUAUUUCUCUUCAGGAGGAAUACAUUAAGGAGGCUUGUCUCUGUGUUGGCUAACGACUAUGACAGGAAAACGAAGCAGUUGAACGGCACCCACAAAGCUCAUGUUCACUCACAAGAGGAGGCUGAGAUCCUAGCGAGGUUCAAGCCGGAUUUGGACGUGUCAUCUCUGAUCCCAAGCAUGAGAAGCGCGGAGCAGUCCAUGGACGCCUGCCUGCGCCGCUUCCGCGCCACGCGCCACAUGAUCCUCUACUACGAGGACGUAAUCCGCGACGACAAUGCGCUGUCUCGGGUGCAGGAGUUCCUGGGACUCCCGGUGAGGAGUCUGUCCAGCAGGCACGUCAAGAUCCACACCAGCCCACUCCCGGACCUGGUGGACAACUGGGAGGACGUGAGACGCACGCUCAAGCCCACGGAGUUUGCUCGUUUACUUGACGGCUGA